AUGAUCCUCGUUUAUUUCAAAAGCUAUAAAUGGAUUAUUACAGAAUUUAAUUUGAAAAUUAUAAUUGUUGUAGGUUACAUUGUUCUAUCUCAUUACUGCUAUAUUACUUACAAAUGCGAGUUACCAUUCAAAGAGAAUUAUCAGCUAGAUAUGGAAUAUCAAAUUUUGAACUACACAUAUAAUAUCAUCAUUUUUCUCAUGUCAUUUUCCACAGGUUGUUUUUAUAUUCAUCUAUUUAAACUGGUGGGAAAAAUUGCGAAAAAAUCGAGAGCCAAUAUCCUAUACCAGUUUGCGCCAAUCUAUACAAUACAAACGAUUCACAUUACUAUUUAUCUCUACGCUUUGAUUAUAUCUGACGUUUCUUCGAAAAACUAUGUAUGGCAAGUAAACUUAACUUCUGCAUUAUUGAUUCUACCGUUUAUUCCCGUUACUGUAUCAUUAUCGUAUAUAGCGUCCAAGGAAAAUUUAAGAGCAAUGGGAUUGAAUUUCAUGACUUCUGUAUGGAGAGCAACUAUCGGAUGA